UCCUAACCUAGUCAGGCAUUGGCCCUGGCCAUGACUGCUACUUUGAUCAUGCUGGUGACUGUGAGGGAGGGCGGGUGAUGGGGAGGGAGCCAGCCUUGGUAGCUGAGCAGAUGGGGCCUUCUCCAGCUCCCAGCCUCAAAACCUCACCUUCCUGCCCAUCCCCCAGCACCUGUGUACGGCUCAGGCUCAGGCAGCUCAGGCGCUCCUAUAGCUGGGUCUUCCAUUCUGCCCUUCCCUCCUUACCCCACUGCCUGGGCAGGGAGGAGUCAGGUGGUGGUGCGCUGUGGUUUGCCUCCUGACCUCGGGGAGGAAACUGUACCACCUUUAAAGGUCUUCUCCUGCACCUACACCCGAGUAUCUCAAACAGUGCAGGGCCAACUGGGCUCUGUAUCUGGGGCAUGAAAGCGAAUCUUGCUUCUUGGAAGAGAGCCGACAGCUGAGUGGGAGAGAGUAUCUGAAGUUCUUGUCAUCCACAUCAGAACAAGAGUUGCCUGGAACCACAGUGACACCACACUCUCAUGGGAUACCCAGCCAGCCUAGUCUCCAUUCCCUGAACCUUCACAGCCAUGGAGGGCUAAAGGGCAGCUGGGCCCAUGAUACUGAGGAAGAGGCUAAGGCUUGCUUAAAGCACCCCCUCACCCCCAUACCCUCUAAUUCUUCUGCUGGGAGAUUUAGGAUGUGGGGUGCCUGCUUGAAGAGAGCCAUAUGUGGGAAUCCAAUUCACACCCCAUACCUCCACCCCACCAAGCUCCACCUCAGGUCCAGCCUUUUGGGGGCUUGUCUGACACCUCUGACCUCGCAGUCACUCUCCCCAGGGGCCUCAGCACACAGUCCUGGCCAUGGGGCUCACCCAUUAGCAUAGCUACCAUCCCAUGCACCCCCUAUGUUCUGGCCCGGAGUACCCUCCAUGUGUCUCCCUCCCAAUAUCUACCACCCCAUCUGAGGAGGGCAGGGCUGCUGGCAGCAUUCUCCCUUUAGGGAGGAAAGGGAAGCACAGAGAAGUUAAGCAGCUUUGCUUUGUCACACAGCCAACCGAGGAGCCUGCAGGGUCCCUUCCUGUGCACAUUCUAUGCUUGCUAUGUGUUUCUUUGUCAUUGCAUGUUCAUCUCACGAUCCCACCGGGACUGGAUGGAAUAUGGAAGACAGAGCUUGGGCCCUGAGAGUGGGCUGCAGAGGCCCUUACGGGUCUGAGUGAAAGGCCUGCUCCACCAUGAGCACAGGGGGAUCCAGCCUCCCCAGCCUCCCAACCUUCCUGCGGACUCCUGCCACUUCUGAGACUUUCACCCAGGCUGCUGACCCUGUGCCGGUUCUCAUUGCCCUGGCCUGCAUUUUUCUGCUGCUGGUUUCUUGUCUGCUGUUUAUGAUGCUGUGUAAGCCAACUGCCCUGGACCCUGGCCACCAAGUGGCCCGGGAAUGCAUGCCACAUCAUCCGGUGAGCCCCAGUGAGCCCAGGCUCCGGCUUUGGAAGCGCCUGGGCUCCCUGCGCCACUCUAUGCACAGCUUCCGGCGAGGCAGGCCUGCUGUCCAGCAGUGUCCCUUGCCGGGCCUUGAUGACCACCAAGGUGACUAUGACUGCACUGAAGCCACCAAGAUGUGAUACAGUGCCCAUCCAUACACAGGCUCACCCAAGACCAUCCUGCCUCUGAUGGAGCCUAGCAUAGCAAGCUGUAGGAUACUAUACAGAUACUCUGGAUUCCAAUAUCACCCCAGUAUUUCCCUUUGUGUCUAGCCCAUGUCCUUUCCCAGAAGACUCUGAAGUCCCCUGAAUCUGCUUGCUAACAGACCCUUGGAUAAAAAGAUGAAUGAAUACCCACAGGCUUCUAGAUGUUUACUCUGUGACUCAGAGGGAGGAUACUGCGGCACUCCCUUUUGGAAGCUAGGUAUUUACUGAUCCCAGAAAGAGCACCCUUUACCCCUCCAGAAACCUUGCUCAUCUUCUGAAGGUCCAGCUUAGACUAGCUGCUAAAAGUCCCAGAUACCAAACCAAGCGGGGUGUCUGCCAAUGCUGGCUCUACACUAUCCUGCACCUGUGCUAACUUAGUACCCAGGGAAAUGGACACAGGGAUCCCUUUCUUGACAUUUUGCCCCUGCUGGUGGAUCUGGUUGGUUGCCAGGCAGGGAUCUAGCAAACAUCAAAUCAUGAGCCUGGGAGCCCCCUUAGUGGUCACCUGUCAAGAUGGUUGGGAGGAUCUGAAGAUGGGUUAAGAUGUUUCCUGUAUGCUGAGUGUGAUAGCUCACACUUGUAAUCCCAGCACUCCACAGGCCGAGGUAGGAGGAUUGUCUAAGGCAGCCUGGGUUACAAGAUAAAAUCCUGACUCAAAAUCAAAACAAAUCAGACAAACAAACAAACAAACAAACAAACAGGCUGUUGUCCAAGGCUAGGUGGAAGCUGUAUCACUGUGGUAGGAGGCUGACCACUGGCAGCACCAAGGGGGUGUUGUCUGAAGAUGCAUGGCAGUGGUACUGUGUCUCACUGCAAAAGGGGUGGUCUCCUCUCAGACAGCAUGGACCAGACCUCUCCGGAUGGCUGCAGGACCAAAGCUGGAUGGACUAGCUGUGCUCUACAUGUUGAGGCAACAACUUUGUCAAGUGACACGUCAAACCAGGCCUACUCCUGUGCUGUACAGGGUGCUGGGAAUCUCACCCUCUGUUUCAUCUGUAGCCAAGGCCUUCUGCUACAUCUUAGACCUGAAGAUGGAACAGUGGGAACCUGAGAUGCUUGGCUCCUCUCCCAGAGUCCAGAGCGCAUCCCAGGGCUACCCGCUCCCCUCUGCUGUGACACCUAGUAAAGAUACUCUAGUCUUCCCAAGGACUAAGCUCUGGCUUUGUUUUUACCCCGUCUAGAGCCUUCAACUGUUUCCUCUGUGUCUGCUGGAUGUGCUCACUAUGGUGUGCAGCAGGACCUGGGGACUACAAUGUAUCCUUCUAGCCUUAUUCUGACCAGACACUCCAGGCAACUGAGUGAUCUGUCCCCUGUCUGUGGUUUAUGCUUUACUAAUCUGCAAAUUGUGAAGCCUUCUUUGUUUUCCAAUAGAGCUGCCCUUCUG